GUUGGUGCCCCGCCCCCCAGGCCUUGGCGGGGUCAUGGGGGCCCCCCAUUCUGGGCUGGGGGGCGUGCGAGUCGGGGCCCUGCUGCUGCUCGGGGUUUUGAGGCUGGUGUCUGGGCUCAGCCUGGAGCCGGUCUACUGGAAUUCGGCAAACAAGAGGUUCCAGGCAGAGGGUGGUUACGUGCUCUACCCUCAGAUCGGGGACCGGCUAGAUCUGCUCUGUCCCCGGGCCCGGCCUCCAGGUCCCCACUCCUCUCCUAAUUAUGAGUUCUACAAGCUGUAUCUGGUAGGGGGUGCACAGGGCCGGCGCUGUGAGGCACCCCCUGCCCCAAACCUCCUCCUCACUUGUGACCGGCCAGAUCUGGAUCUCCGCUUCACCAUCAAGUUCCAGGAGUAUAGCCCUAACCUCUGGGGCCACGAGUUCCGCUCACACCACGAUUACUACAUAAUUGCCACAUCAGAUGGAACCCGGGAAGGCCUGGAGAGCUUGCAGGGAGGUGUGUGCCUCACCAGAGGCAUGAAGGUGCUUCUCCGAGUGGGACAAAGUCCCCGAGGAGGGGCUGCCCCCCGAAAGCCUGUGUCUGAAAUGCCCAUGGAAAGAGACCGAGGGGCAGCCCACAGCCUGGAGCCCGGGAAAGAGAGCACUGCAGGUGACCCCACCAGCAAUGCAACCUCUCGGGGUGCUGAAGGCCCCCUGCCCCCUCCCAGCAUGCCCGCAGUGGCCGGGGCAGCAGGGGGGCUGGUGCUGCUCUUGCUGGGCGUGGCAGGGGCUGGGGGUGCCAUGUGUUGGCGGAGACGGCGGGCCAAGCCUUCGGAGAGUCGCCACCCUGGUCCUGGCUCCUUCGGGAGGGGAGGGUCCCUGGGCCUGGGGGGUGGAGGCGGGAUGGGACCUAGAGAGACUGAGCCUGGGGAGCUAGGCAUAGCUCUGCGGGGUGGUGGGGCUGCAGACCCCCCCUUCUGUCCCCACUAUGAGAAGGUGAGUGGUGACUAUGGGCAUCCUGUGUACAUCGUGCAGGAUGGGCCCCCCCAGAGCCCCCCAAACAUCUACUACAAGGUAUGAGGGCUCCUCCGACCUGGGUCUCCUGGAUCCAGCCCUUUGUGGGGUGCUCCUCCAGUUUAAUUCAUGGUUUGAGGGACACCUCUAGCAUCUCCUUGGCCCCCUUUGCCCCAUCAGCUCCUCUGCUCCUCCUGGCUCUUGCCUCUCCUCCACUUUUAGGAUUCCCUGAGACAUCCACCCAACUACCGCCUGCCCUCUGGUUGGCUGUGUGUACCCUUCUGUCUCUGUGUUUCUGGGUCCUGUUCCCCUGGGGAGGAGGCAGAGAUUCAGGCUCCUCCUCUGAUCAUGACCCAGAGAUCCUUGUUCCCCUCACCCACUGAGAGCUAGGGGUGGGAACAGUCUGUCUUUUGGUUGGUACUUCUCCUCUUUCUGCCUCUCACUGUUUUUCUCUUCUCCCUCUCUUUUAUUUUCUUUCUCUCUCCUCUGUCUCUAGGUCUGUUCCUCUUCCCUAGCAUCCUCCUACCUGUAUCUCCUUUUACUUACCCUCUUGGCUUCUUAUCCUGUGCCCCUCCCAUCUCCGGGGUCGGGGCUUCAAAGCAUUUCUCCCCUCAGCUCCCUCUUCUGACUUCUCUUACCAACCACUCCCCUUAGUCUGCCAAAAAUGGGGGCCUUAUGGAGAAGGCUCUGGCAUUCCACCCCAGCUCAGGGCAUGGGCAGCAGGACUCCUCCUCUGCCCUGCCCCAGGCCUCUACAUACUUACUCCAGCCAUUUGGGGUGGUUGGGUCAAGACAGCUACCAUGAGAAGAAAUAUGCUGUUUUGUCCAGUGGCCAAUAGCAAGCUAUGAACCGGUUGGGACACUUAUGGACUUGGUCUGAUGCUGAAUGGGCCACUUGGGACAGGAAGUGACUUGCUCCAGACAAGAAGUGACCAGGCCUGGACAGAAGAGGCCUGGGAAGUGGCAGAAGCAGUGCAGCAGGAACUGGAAGUGCCUUCAUCCAGGACAGGAAGUAGCACUUCUGAAAUAGGAAGUGGUCUGGCUGGAACCGGAAGUGGCUUAGUCUGGGGGGUGGGGGGAGGUGGAUGGUUCAUACUCUGUGGAGAAGGGAGGGGGGGCAGGAAGAACUUCCCAUUUCAGGAGGAAGCUGGAACUUAACUCUAAAGAAGAUCAAGUGGACUGAGGAGGGUCUUCCUAGUAUUCAGUGGCUUGUGCCAGGAUCCCCCUUCCCCUGUUCUCUGUGCUGCUUUUAGGACAGCUAAGGUGACUGCCAUCUGCUGUGGCAGGCUCAAUUUGUCUUGUUUUUCCCUUUCCAUAUGCCAAUAUAGUCUCUGUUACCCAACAGGGUGACCCCAAGAACCCAUGUGUUUUCCCCAGUAACCCAGAUGGCUGUCUUGUUCAUCAUAUCCUCCAUAUCCUACUCCCUUCAAACUCAACACAGCUCCCUUCUUAGUGACCAAAAUGGUGGCCUACUGACUGGUCUAGCUAAUGGUGGUCCUUAGCAACAGCCACUCUUUUCACAGUGACCAGCUGAUACCUCUUCCAGCCCUCUAGUGCACAAUUGGAUGUUGCCUCAGUUUCCUCCCAGCUCAUUUCCAUUAGAGCAGAGCUGCCCUUGGGCAUCACAUCGGCCACCUCAAUCACCAGCCAAAUGGUUGCUUUGUCCACCAGGGGUCAUCUCUCUGGUGCUGUAGUUCCCAGCUCCUUCCUGAUUUUUCUAAUCACUCCUUCCAGGGAACAGGAAGUUGAUAUUGCCAUGGGGGAGGUGGCGGUAUAUGGCCGUCAUCUCAAUAGUUUUACUGUAAAAGGGAAAUUUGAACAACAAAAACCAAAAGAAAAAAAAAAAGAAUAAAAAAGUU